CUGGUGCCAACUUCAAACCAAAGGCAGUAUGCGUCCAGCGUCGUGGGUCGCCGUGGGAUAUUCACACCGGAGUACGUAGUACCGAAGCAAAAAUAAAAAGUUUUGAACCUCGUGUAAGAUCGAAGACAAGCAUUUGAUCGUGAGAUUCGUUUUAACUCUAGCAAUGGUUUUUCGAUAAAAAUGAUACAUGCCAAGUGCAGUUUGCUUGAGUUUAAAAAUCACUUGACCAAUUUACAAUGGCUAAUAGCAAUGUUGAACGUGGCAUUAUUGUCAAGAUAUGCGUUGAAAAUUUUGUGACCUACGAUCAUGCGAUAAUAAAGCCAGGCCGAAAUCUAAACGUUAUCAUUGGUCCCAAUGGUACAGGUAAGUCUACAAUUGUGUGCGCCAUAGUCCUGGGCUUGGGAGGGAAACCAAAAGUUAUUGGAAGAGCGUUACAUGUGGGAGAGUAUGUGAAAUCUGGUCGGCAGAAAGGGAAAAUAGAAAUCGAGUUGAAAAACCCAGGGAAAAAAAAUCAUAUUGUCACCAGAACGAUAACGUCGGAUGGACAUACGCAAUGGAUGCUUAAUGGAAAACAUGUAAGCCUGAAAGAGGUGGAACAAUUGACCACGAGCCUCAACAUUCAAGUUGACAAUCUGUGUCAGUUUUUGCCACAAGAUAAAGUUCAAGAUUUUUCUAAAAUGAAUCCCCAAGAGCUGCUCGAAAACACAGAACGAUCUGUGGGAGACCCUAUACUGCUUGAAUAUCACACUAAGCUGAAAGAGUAUCGAAAGCGACACAUUGAUCUGCAGGAACAACUGAUUAACAAAGGUAACUUGCUUGAACGACAGACACAAAAGUACGAUAGAUUGAAGGAGAUUGUUGGCGGUAUUAAAGAACGAACUGCUAUCAAGACAAAGAUCUUAAACCUGAAACAAAAAAAAGCUUGGCUCCAGUACGAUCAAGGUCGUCAGCAAUUAAUGGAGGCAAAGCAAGAGUGGGAUGCAGCUUCCAAAGAACAAGAAAAAUUAAGAGAAGCUAUGAAACCAAUUGAUAAAGAUGUGACCAAGAUAACGUCUCGUUAUAGUGAUGCUGAGCGUGCAGUUAAUUCACAAAGUAAACAAUUGGUGACUAAAGCUCGCAACUUGAGGAGUAUGGUUGAUCAACUUUUAUCAUACGAAGAAAAAAUUCAGGAAAGAGACAAAUCACUUGCGGCUCAAAUACAUGCAGAAGUAACUCGCGAUCAGGAGAUUGCCAAUGCACAACAGAUGAAAAGCAAGCUUGAAAAUGAUCUCGAACUUAUUACCAAUGAGUUUGGAGAUGAGAAAUCCCUGGUGGAAAAACAACAAGAUAUAUUACAUCGUAUCGAAAAUCACAGAGCUUUCAUAAACAAGUUCGCAAGUCACGUACAUAGAUUCAAACAAGAGGAGGAUCAGAUCAGGUCACAAAUACGAGUCCUUGAGGGAGAGCUGCAGUCUGUCAAAGAUGUGGAGAGGCAACGUUUAGCGUUGUUGAGGCAGAGGAGCCAGGAUGCAUACAAGGCUGUCGUAUGGUUGAGAGAGAACACUGACAAAUUUUCUCGCAUAAUUCACGAACCAAUGUUAAUCAAAAUUAACGUCAAAAGUGCAAAAUAUUCAAAGUAUUUCGAGAAUAUUAUUUCAAAUCGUGAUUUAUGCGCAUUUGUUUGUGAGAACAAACAAGACAUGAAUUUGCUGAUGCAGUUUUUGAGAGAUCAGGAAAAACUCCAAAUCAAUUGCGUUCAUUCAGAUCCUGACAAAAUAAUCAACAUGAAUCCUAAUAUACCUAUCGAGAAUAUUGCACAAUAUGGCUUUGAGUACUACUUGAGCUCACUUGUCGACGCCCCUCAGACUAUUCUCAACUAUUUGGUAAUGAACUAUCGAAUACACAACAUACCAGUGGGGAAUGACAGUGUUGAAAAUAACGCUCAAGACGUUCCUUGGGCAAUAAAUUGCUUUUAUAGUCGAAAUAAAUCAUACUUUGUAUCUCAGUCUAAAUACACCCGCGAAAAAUCCACCAAAAUGUCAACCGUUGCAGGCAAUGGUUCUCUUUCUGUAAUCCUGGAUACCGAUAAGCUGAAUGACAUCCAACAACGAUUGAGAUUACUUGUGGAACGUAAGACAGCAGUAGCACAAAAAGUUGUAGCAAUUGAAAAGAAACUCGAGGACGCUGAGAAAGAAAUGGUAGAACUUAGGGCAGAAAGAGGACAGUGUCAGCAUCACAUUGAACAAAUGAAGACAGUCAGAUCCAGAAUCGCGAUGACAACACAACGAAUCGAUUUGCUACAGGCGCAGAGAACGAGUAUCGAAGAAAUCAAGGAAACGUGUAAGAGAGAAAUUCAGGCUGUCGUAAAAGCGCAAAUCAAAGUUUAUAAGAAAUAUAAUGAAGCUUUGGAGGAAUACAUAGAGACCAGUAAAAACGGUGCUCAUUCUAAGUUGGAGAUGAAACUAUUGCAACGCACGCUAGCUGCCAAAACAAAUGAAUAUCGUGAGAUGAAAGAAAGAUGCGCUGCAGCUGAACGAACUGUUCGUAAAUGUGAAAUGGAAUUACAGCCCUUGAGAACCGAAGCAAGCAGAUUGCGAGAAGCUGCCAAGGUUAUGACAAAUGGUCUUGAACCCCAAAAUAAAGAUUUUGCCAAAUUGAACAAAGCUUUUUCAAAAUUGCCUAACAAUAUUGAAGAUAUUAAUGAUGAAUUAAAAGUAUCUCAAGCAAAAGUCUUCUGUUUGGGUAACAAUGCAGAUGGAGACAAUGUUCUUCAAGAGUUUGAAAAAGUAAAAGUUGACGUUGAAGAGUUGAAACAAUAUAUAGAAGCAAAGACUGCUGAAGUUCACAACAUUAAUCAAGAGAUGGAAAAUAUUCGCAAGAAAUGGAUACCGCCGUUGCAACAAUUAGUUGAGGAUAUAGAUAAAAACUUUAGUUCAUAUCUAGCCAGCCUGAAUUGUGCCGGAGAAGUAUCUAUAACUCAUGGAGAAAAUAUUAUGGAUUUUGAAGAAUACGGACUAAAGAUUCGAGUAAAAUUUCGUGAUACUGAUGAACUUCAAGAAUUAACGCGAACGCAUCAAAGUGGAGGGGAAAGAGCAGUAACUACCGCGAUAUACAUGAUCGCCUUACAAGAAUUGUCGACAGUUCCAUUCCGUUGUGUCGAUGAAAUCAAUCAGGGUAUGGACGCAAUCAACGAGCGUCGAAUCUUCGAACUGAUUGUUAAUAUCACAGGCAAAUCUAAUGGAUCUCAGUACUUCUUGCUCACGCCAAAGCAACUUGUCCUGUUGGUUGGAACUGUUUAUUCGAUGACGUCUUCUGAAAUUGAAAAUUUAACUUCUAUCGCCGAGCAAUAGUUUGGAAAUGAACCACAUACGGAAUCGUAAGAUUGGUAAGACGCAGUAUUAUUUGUACAGUCGAUUCAACAGUUGAAUGACAGUAUAUCUAAAAACCAAAACUUGACGAGUUUUAAGUCUUAACCUGAAUUAAGGUCAGUUUUUGAAUUCGUGAAAAGCGUUUGCUGAAUACUUGUAGUAAUUGUUGCAAGUUCGAAUUGAAUUCUGUCAUGAUUGAACAGGGAUUACUUAUUAAAUAAGCAAUUUUCAAAAACCCUUUAACAGGUGUAACUCACCUAUGGACGAAUCUAUUUUAUUUCUACUAUUACGGGACUGUAGCUUUCCGUGAGCUGACUUUUCGUCUUCUUUUCGGAAAGGCAAAUCCGAUUCAGAAUUCGCGAUAGGUUUGCAACACGUUGCAAUUCCCUGAAAUCCGAAAUCAGUUUUCAUUUUUUAACGAGUAUCAAAAGUUUCUACGCGAUCGUUCUCGACGAGUGUCGGUCAGAAGAAUUUAAAAGAUUUGGUCCAUAGUUAAUUCGAAAAUGAAUUGAUCGAAGCUUUUCAAAAAUUUAAAGUGAAAAUUAGUUCAACAAUUGAGCAAAAAACUUAUACGGUGUUGAGAUUCUAGUGUAGACCGCAAUUUUUAAAUUAUCCAUCGUACCUUGAUUGUGGUGCAAUUACAUGCUCUGAAUAUACUUACCUGUACUAAAUCCAUGCGAGAAUCUAAGCUGAAUUGUUUUCCUGACAUCAGAAUGCCCCGAAUGCGACGUCGCAUAGCUGAAACAGUGAAAGAAUCUUGGAAAACUGGUGUGAUUGAAAUACGGGAAAAAAGAGCCGCGGGUAAAAAAAUCCCCAGGAUAUUCCUUCACUAUGCUUGUUGACAUAUAUUCGUGUAAUUCAUCGACCAUUGAUAGCCAUAAUUGAGUUUUUUGUGAGAAUUAAAUGCCUGAAGGAUUUUUCCAUAUUACCCGGGCUGUCCAUGGCUUCAGAUGGAUUACGUCCGAAGGUUUUCAUGCAUUCGUUGAAAACGUCGGCUGUGUCGUAUAUAGCCGCGAAGCUGCCGUUGACAAUUUUUGGAGACAUAGGUGAAUUGGCCAACAGAA